AUGGGUGGCAAGAGAGGAGGCUCCUCUAAAGGAGGUGCUGGUAAUAAGCAUAAGGCUGGUGGGGCCUGUACCGAGGAUGAUCCUACAUCCUCCCAAUACAGAGUUAAUGCAUGUAUCGUAUUGGCUGAGAACUUCGAUGAGGGAUGCCAAACUGAAACCCUAUUCGGUGGAGGAUGUGAGGCUGAUCGGAUCACAGGCUCCUCGAUUUGCGAAAUACUCCGGGCAUUUGGGUCUGGAGUAACUCAGUGUCCACUGGCUCAGCAAGACUUCCUACUCUUGAGAGGCGAUUCCUUGGCAAAGCCUAGUGUUGUCAAGGUAUCGGCCUUAGCUGAUUCAAUGUCAAAUGAUGAUAUUCUAACCAACAUCGUGAUGGGUACUGGAGGUGCUGGGGAUGCUAAGGGGCAGCUUAGUGAUAGUCUCAAACAACAGAACAUUAUGACUGGCGAAUUACUGCAUUGGUCUGCUGGGUUAGACUCUGCAACGGUUAGACUAUCUGAGCCUCUACUCCACUGGGGAUUUGGCUCUACUUCCAAGUUCGAUGAAAUACAUUAUAGAACAGGGGUACUAGGUGAUGGCGCUCUAGGAGAUGUGUUCUCCCCUGAUGUAUUCCGUCUACUGGAAGAAGAAGCUGAUUAUAA